AGAGAUCAUUCAAUAAUGGAGUGUAUCAUUGUCAUAUUGUUAUCCUCACUGCUCGUUAUUGUAAAUACAGCUACAACACAGAAGAACAUCGGAGAAACAUGUUCCCAAUGGUUUUACUGGGAUGAGAACUCUCAUCAGUGUCAAAGUUGUCCAAUUGGUUAUUACGGUCCUAAUUGUUCCCUGCCCUGCAGAUAUCCAAGCUAUGGCGAGCGAUGUCAGAAAAAAUGUAACUGUACGGUAGAAUACUGUACCAGCGAUAAGGGGUGUAUCGAUAAAACAAAUUGUGAAGCUGGGUAUUACGGGGAGGAUUGCUCGCUGCCCUGUAGAUAUCCUAAUUAUGGAAAGAUAUGUCAGUCUGAGUGCAACUGUACCAAGACACUGUGUAGUCAUAUAACAGGGUGUCAACCCAGUACAGAUAACGUUCUGAUUUACACGACAACAGAAAAGGAAUACACAGAUAACGUUCUGAUUUACAAGACGACAGAAAAGAAAACAGAAAAGGAUGGUGUAAAUGUCAACGAAAGCGUUUCACAUAGUUUGUCAGAUUUUCCCAGUUCUUCUACCAUGCCUUUUACUUUAGUAUCUGAAGAAACAGGUUUUGAAGGCAACGAUUCGAAACUAUCUGUCUUCAGCUCCAGUCUGACAGUGGUAUUCUGGUCCCUUGGAUUGUUCUUAUUUGUGCUAUCUAUUUGGGUUAUUUCAAAAGUUAAAUACAAGUGUGACAAAAGAAAAAAGGAUAGAGUUGCCAGAACAUGCUCACAAAGACACUCAUCUGAGGACAGACCAUAUACGUCCUUAACACUCAGAACCAGAUCAAAUGGAUCAGGAUAUUUCAGACUUUGGAGAAGGUAUAUACCUGUAAACAGGGGAGUACGUGAGCCUGACGUGAGUGGAAACGAAACCUUGAGAAGUAACCAAACUGACUCGUAUGUGACCAUGGUUUAGGAAAAGUGAAGUUCGUAAUAUUUCUAUAAUGACACUGACUUUACUUUAGAUAUGUAAAAAUAAGAAGAAAGGUUUUAGAAAUUGGAAAUACCUUAUGAAAAGGGAAUCUAAAUCAAGAUUUUGUAGAUAUGCAUUUUUAAAUAAUAAGUUUGACUACAGAUUACUCCGUUUACCGAGUUAAGACAUAUUGCUUAUGGUGCGUGUGACCGGUCAGUUUUACUUCUCCUAGGCACCUGAUACCAGCUAUGGCGUUGUUUGCCCUACUCUUAAUUUUGUAUUCUCUAUAGGAUUUAUGAGAUUAAUCACUGUUUGUUAUAUCCACCGUUUUAUGUAAUUAUGGUCCCAUAACGAAAUAGUGAGUGGAUUAAGUUAGAGCUUCCUCUCUGACCCCCCCCCCCCCCCCCCAAAAAAUUGCAUAACAGAAAAUAGAGCGGAAAGUAAACAAACGAAAAUCUAGGACGAAUUCGGCGUAGUUUAAAUUUAAAUUGAAAUAAUUAUAUAAUUAUCCUCGCUUAAAAAAUAUCCCGUAGGGAUCCGGGUUAGAAUAGAUCCCCAAUAUCCCCUGCUUGUCGUAACAGGCGACUAAAUGGGGUGAUCCUUCGGAUGAGAUCGCAAAAUCCGAGCUCCCGUGUCACAGCAGGUGUGGCACGAUAAAGAUCCCUCCCUGCUCAAUGGCCAUAAGCGCCGAGCAUAGGUCUAAAUUUUACAGCCCUUCACCGGCAUUGGUGGCGUCUCCAUAUGAUUGAAAAAUGCUCGAGAGGGACGUAAAAGAAUAUUCAAUUAUCGCUUUAGAAAACAAAGUACGUCUUGCAUGCAGCUGUGUUGACGUGAUUAAUUUUUAUCUUGGACAUUUUAGAAUCUUUUUAGUAGACAUGCGUGUACUUAGCGUAUACUCCAUUAAGGUUAGGACACAAAGCAUUCACAUAAGAUAUCUUUUGUUUUAUAAUUACAACAGUUUGAUUUCUUUGCUUGACUUUUAUGCUUUUGUUAACAUUUUCUUUCAACAAUAAAUUAAGCAUCUAACAUGA